ACUGCUUGUCCUUGGGACAGAUUGCCCAGGAUAUCUGCGGCAAUGCAGAGGCUGCGUGUCUCCCAGUGUUUGAAUUGGUUGAAUACUGUGAAGAAUUUUGUGGGAGGCACACCAUGAAUAGUGCACUACUCUACAGUGCUGUCAUGGUCGGAAAUGUUCCAAGACUGAAUUCAACAAUGUGCAGAUACUGCGCCAGGGACCCCACAGGCUUGACCUGCCAUAUUCUGACGUUCCUUAACAAUGCAGCCGAAUGCCUGGGAACAACGACGACACCAGGACCCACGACACCCAUAGCGUGUGGGGCAGGUGGCAGCCCCGGAGGAUGUGUAUCCGGCACUUGUACAAUACCACUGGCGUUGGGCACUUGUCCUACUGGUGAACAGUGCUGUUUAGUUACUACGACCAUGGCGCCAACAACGGAACCUGCGUGUGGAACAGGUGGCAGUUUAGGACAAUGUCUUACCGGGACUUGUGCCACACCACUGAACAUUGGCACUUGUCCUUCUGGUGAAACUUGCUGUUUCCUCCUCCCGACGACCGCUACAACGGAACCUGCGUGUGGAACAGGUGCCAGUGUAGGACAAUGUGUUGCCGGUGCUUGUGGUACGCCAUUGCAACUGGGCACUUGUCCUGCUGGUCAAACUUGCUGUUUCGUUGAACCGACGACCGUGGCAACAACCACCUAGCGUAACAAACGUCGACAACGCCAACAAAAAAACAACAGUGUAUACACACAAAGAGCGUAGCAGCUGAAGAUACCAAAGGAAAUAUAUCUAUGUUACUUGGGGCCAAUAAAUGCAUAUAUCAUUA